AUGCCGACGCCCCGCCGCUCUGACAGAGCGUCCGCUGCAUCCACUCCUUCUCGUCUUCGUGACCUCUCAACCCCUCAGCCCCAUCACCACCGCACAGCGGACGAGAUUGCUCUUGAAGAAGCGGCUGAAAUCGUUCACCAGGUGGAAGAAGAGGAGGCCACCCCCGAGGCACUUCUGUCCCCUCGUGCCCGCCGCUACGCUGCCAUCUCGCGGAAGCGCGGCGUGAGUAUGGACCCGACACCGUUGUCGCUGGCUCUCUCGCCACGGGCUGCGGCAGAAGAGCUCAACGGGAAAGCUGCCGAGCUGGGUGACAAUGCGAUCGGAUCCGAAAGCGGCGAGGAAGAUUCUUCCUCCCGCAGCAAUGGCGGCUCCCACUCUGACUCGGAUUCGUCAGCCCAUGAUUCCAAUUGGGACUCGGACGACUCGGCCUCGGACUCGGACUCUGACGCGGACUCGGAUGACUCGAGUAGCAUCAGCAGUGAUGAUGAUGACGAGGAAGAAGCGGAGCUCGAGCGUCAACUCGCCGCUGCUAAGGCUGCGGCCGUGAAGAAGGUCACCGCGUCAAGUUCCAAAUCUUCCGAGGGGAGUUUCAAUGCCCUCGGAGAGAAUGACGAUGGCGAGCUGCGGUUGGAUAGUGACCAACCGAAGGACGCACCCAUCCCGGACCUCAGCGUGCCCAAGCUUCCCGCACGCCACCUGUCUCUCGCCGAAGAUGGCACAGCAUUCGCGGGGGAGGUUGAAGCCGGACCCUCUCAACCUCGUGCGGAGCCGGAGCUCGAUCGGGGCAAGUAUGAGCGCACCCUGAGCAAGCGCGAGAAGAAGGCGCCCAAGAAGGCAUCGGCAUCGGAGUUGUGGACAACAAUUCCCGCUCCACGCGACGACGAUCUUCCUCAAAUGCGCAAGGACUACCAAGCGCUUCACUUGUCUCACACUCUCGACCCCAAGCGGUUUAUGAAGGGCGGGAACAAGGCUGGCAGGGCGCCUGAGCGCUUCCAGAUUGGUACCAUUGUCGACGCCCCGCGACAGCUCCAGAGCACCACUCUGCGCAAAGAGCACAAAUAUCGCCCGGGUCAGAUCGUCACGGACGUCGUGGGUGAUGCCGAUGUCGGGACAUACGCCAAGCGCAAGUUUGAGGAGCUGCAGAGCAAGCGCAUCUUCAACGGGCGUGGCAAGGGGUGGCAGAAGAGGGCCAAGUGGUAG